GAGCGCGUAAACAAUAAUAGUAACUAUGCGUUCGUGUUAGAGGAUCCUUCUAAACCGAGAAAAUAUCAACUCAAUUUCAACCUUGGCUCCGAAUACGUUAAAGAUUUAAAGCAUAUACCGGUUACAGCAAUGGAUCAUCACAAUCCUCAACAGCAACGUCACGCUGAUCUUUUACCGAAUCGUCAACCUGUUUCUUCGAUCACUCUUCCGCCUAUAAGAGAAUUGAUACUUCCUCCUUUAUCUUCAAUAAAUCAUCAACAACCUCAUUCUCAUGUUCAACAAGAAUCUAUACCUUUGUCUUCGAGGCCGCAUCUUCCCCCUUUACAGCAUUCUUUCGACCCUCCUCAAAAUCCUUCUUCAUACAACUAUCAAACUGCUAUAAACGACCGUGCUAAUGAUAAUCAUACUCAAUUCUCUCCUCCAGAGGUUGCUCAUUACCAUCCUCAUCAUGGUUAUCCUACUGCUAAUAAUGUUAAUCAUCAUUAUCAACAUCCAUCUGUCUCUCACCAUCAUCACCACGUGUCGCAACAACCUUCUCAAGUACCUCAUCUACCGCAGGCACCACCUCUUCCUCAUCAUCAAACAUAUCAAUCUCAGCAACCUCCAUUACCACAUCUAUAUCAACAACAACAGCCGUUGCCACAGAACUCUAAUCAUGUGCAUCAUCAGCAACAGCAUUCACAAUUACAUCAUCAUCAUCAUCAAUCUCAUGUAUAUAAUAAUGAAAUUGUUCCUGAAAGAAAUCAACAUGAUUAUCAACCUUCUUCUGUUUCGGUCGGUUAUAAUCGUCAACCGUAUUAUACUCAAAUUUUGAAUGAUAAUGGUCCUUCACAAAUGAUCGCUUCUCAACCUUCAAAUAUGGUUACUCCUUCUCAUGACCAUCAAAUACGAUUUCCAGAUUCAAUCGCUAAUUAUUCUCCUCAACCUAUACAACCGAUGUAUAAAAAAGUUCAACAAGCUCCUAUAACUGAUCUAUUGAACUCGUCUCAUCAGCCUCCACCUCUAAAUCCAGUGUCUCCUCCUAAAUCACUUCAUUUACAACCUUCUCAACAACAAUAUCCUCAUGAAAAUCGUGAAACAUCUCCAUUUUAUUUGGCCCCUCCGUCUCACCACCAAUCUGGUUCUAAUUCUUCUGUGUCUACUCGUUCUUCUUCUCCUGCUCCAAGUACUCCUGUUGCUUCAUUUCUUAGUAGUCCUAAUAAUAAUUUGUCUCAAUUUGUUGAAAAACCUAUCGAUCAAAGUCUUCCACCUAAAAAAACAUCUAUAGUUCCUGCUGGUCCUUUACCUGUUCAACAACCGGUAACUGCCCCUACUCAAUCACAAUCUAAUGUUACGAAUGAUGAUAUUCCUGUGUUUGUACAGUAUGUGGUUCCUACUCCGGAUAUUGGUUCUCAACCUAACAUUUCAAAAUCAACAACUCGUCCUCGAAAAAAUAGUUUAACCACUUCUAAUGGUGUACUUCCAUCAUCUCAAAAACGUACCAGAAAACCUAAAGAUGUAUCUGUAUCAAAAGAUAUUACUCAUGAAGAUAAAAAGAGUCGUUCAAUUAAUCGUACUUCUUCUGAAAUUCCUUCUGAAUGUUGUUCGUCUGACAUACCAAUUCAAAAUCUUAAACGUGAUUAUUCAUGCGUUCCAGAUUCUCAAAUUGUUGAAUAUAAGCCAUCUCAAGAAAUUAUUGAUGAUUCAACUAUGAUGAAUGGCGUUAUUGAAUCAAAGGAUGAAAAUAUUGAAACUGCUUUGAUUUUAAAUUCUUUAAAAAAUAACAUUAUUCCUAUUUCAAAUACUGAUACAAUGAAUGUUGACUCAAAGAACAUUGAAAUGAAGAAUAUUGAUACGAAGGAUGUUGAUAUGAAGGAUGUUGAUAUUAAUGUCGACAAGAAUAUUAUGAAUAAUAAUAUUGUUGAUACGAAUGUUAUGAAUAAUAAUAUCGUUGAUACGAAUAUUAUGAACAAUAAUAUUGUUGAUACGAAUAUUAUGAAUAAGAAUAUCAUUUCUAAUAGUGAUAUCAAUACGAAUGAAUUAAUGGAUGGUCAAAAAUUAGCUACAAAAGUUAGGCAAUUAUCAAUACAUGAGGAGAACCCUGUUAAAGAGGAGAACGAUGAUGACCCUCAAAUGAAAUUUCCUAUUAUUUCUCGUAGUGGUUCUUUUAACUCCUCUAAACGACAUCAAUCUCCAAUUAAAAAGUCCGUUUUGGAUAUUGAUAAAAGGGUUUGUGAUGAUAAUAGUGCCGAUAAUCGUGUUGUUAACAACAUUGUUCAUAUUAAACAAGAACAUGUUCCAAUAGACAAUCCGGAUAAUGAUUCUGAUAACGAUCUCGCCAUGGAUGAUGAUUCGGAUGAUGAUGAAUUCUCUAAACGAAAACAACCUAAACGUGAUAACGAACUUGAUAAUAAUGUUCAAUGGAAUAGUGAUGAUAUGGAAACCGAGGAAGAAGUUGAAGAAGAAGUCGAAAUAUACCAAACUACCUCUUCCAUAAGUGGUAAAGAUGAUAAUCGUAAACAAACGGUCAUAUAUUCUUCUUCACCACCUUCAUCAACUUCUUUUUUACAAGGUAUUAAUCGCGUUAAGGUCGAAGAUGUUAAGGAUACUUCUAUAAUAACUGGUACUACGACUAUAAAACCCACAUUUCCCGUUUCUCCUAAUACGAACGGUAGUGGUACUAUGUCACGAAAAGCUUCAACUUCUAGUUCUAUAUCUCGUAAAGGUUCAACUUCUAGCAAUGGUAGUAAUAAAGAUGCUGCAUCCAAUACACCAUGUUCAGAUGUUUCAGAUACUUUAUCUACUUCAACAUCAAUACCACCAUUUUACAUAUUCAAGUUUCUACUUCGAUGCUGA